GCAUGGAGAAUGGUGGAAAGCUAAAUCCCUUUCAACAAAGAGAGAAGGGUUCAUCCCCAGCAACUACGUCGCCAAAGUCAACACCUUGGAAACGGAAGAGUGGUUUUUCAAGGAUAUAACCAGGAAAGAUGCAGAAAGACAGCUGCUGGCGCCAGGGAACAGUCCUGGAGCUUUUCUUAUCAGAGAAAGCGAAACCUUGAAAGGAAGCUACUCUCUUUCUGUCAGAGAUUAUGACCCUGUGCAUGGUGAUGUUAUUAAGCACUACAAAAUUAGAAGUCUGGACAAUGGGGGUUAUUACAUCUCUCCACGAAUCACUUUUCCUUGUAUCAGUGACAUGAUUAAACAUUACCAAAAGCAGUCAGAUGGCUUGUGCAGAAGGUUGGAGAAGGCUUGUAUUAGCCCCAAACCACAAAAGCCAUGGGACAAAGAUGCCUGGGAGAUCCCACGGGAUUCCAUCAAGUUGGUGAAAAGGCUUGGUGCUGGGCAGUUCGGGGAAGUCUGGAUGGGUUCCUAUAACAAUAGUACCAAAGUGGCUGUGAAAACCCUAAAACCAGGCACUAUGUCUGUGCAAGCUUUUCUGGAGGAAGCCAACCUCAUGAAGACCCUUCAACACGACAAGCUGGUGAGGCUCUAUGCCGUGGUCACCAGAGAGGAGCCUAUCUACAUUAUCACUGAGUACAUGGCCAAGGGCAGUUUGCUGGAUUUCCUGAAGAGCGAAGAAGGGGGCAAAGUGCUGCUUCCAAAGCUAAUUGACUUUUCUGCCCAGAACCUAAAAGACAUGUCUUCUCCCUUAGGUGCCAAAUUCCCCAUUAAGUGGACAGCACCAGAAGCAAUCAACUUCGGAUGUUUCACGAUUAAGUCUGAUGUGUGGUCCUUUGGAAUUCUCCUGUAUGAAAUCGUCACCUAUGGGAAAAUUCCCUACCCAGGGAGAACUAAUGCCGACGUGAUGACCGCCCUGUCCCAGGGCUACCGGAUGCCCCGCAUGGAGAACUGCCCAGACGAGCUCUAUGACAUCAUGAAAAUGUGCUGGAAGGAAAAGGCCGAAGAGAGGCCAACGUUUGAUUACUUGCAGAGCGUCCUGGAUGAUUUCUACACGGCCACAGAAGGGCAGUAUCAGCAGCAGCCUUAACACACAGGAAGGCUCGUGGCCAUUGGCUGGGACGGCUGCCUCCUGCCAAAAGAAAACAGGACAAUCACCGGCUGCGCUAGGAUCUCUUGCACUAGGUCAUCACCGCCCCUGCUUCCUGAAAGUGAGGCCAGGCUACUCAGGAAGAACAUUCUCGACAUGGAAGAAAAGUAUUCUCGUUCUCGUUGGCUGAUGCUCGCUGGUGGCCGCUUGAGCUGCUCCCAGCUGGGACCCAUCUGCAGCCAGCCUUCUGAGAAGAAAACACCUGUUCUGUCCAAGAUGCACCCACUCUGGCCUCUUGUUUACAGCUUAAUGUGUGACUCUGGGGUUCAGAGGCCAUUGCAGUGAAUCUCAAAUAGUAACAGACUGAAACUCAUUUAUAAAAGUAAAGUAACCGGAUGCAUAUCGUGACCCUUUUUUGCAUUUUCUUUGUGCUUUGGCUUAUCUGUUAAAAAAAUUACUAAUCCAAUCUGUUACAGUUUGCAGGUGAAGUCCAAAGUUAAAAUGGUCUCUCCCAGAUUUCAGUGAGGUCCCCUCCCCCUAAAAUCCGAGACUGGUAAACAUUUUCCUUCCGUGGAGACUGCUCAGAAACCCCUAGACAUGAAGCAGAACAACCGCAAUCUUCUGGUCUGGCCCUGUAGAAAUGUCCCUGGUGAGCAUCAGAGCUGCUGUGUGUCCCAGCGGGGACCCCGCCAAUGGCCAGGCCUGGCCCAGACCUCUCAGGACAGGGACAAGGGCCGCAGAAACUGCUUUACCCUAAGAAGGAAUAUUUCUAACAGUCCAGCUUUUCAAUUCCACAAUUUCCUAUAUAGAGACUUUUUUUUGACAGUGUACUUUGGGAGAGUAAUAAGAUUCUAAUCUCUGCAGGGCCUUAUGGGGCCUGAUAAACAUAAGAAUUUUCUUUAUUGCUUCCAAUGAUUUGAACGUUAUUUUAAUGAUGAAAUGUUAAUUUUAGUUGUACUUGAGAAAAGUAAAGACGCCAUCUUUGGGUCUAUUUUUGUGAUUCAGCAAUCUUUUCUAAAUUGUGUAAGGCGUGUGUGAGACUAUUUAUACAAGGAUAUGAAAGCAGAAUAAGUGACUGAGGAGGCUCAAAAGAGCCCCCAUAGCACAGGAUACGAGAGGUUUUGUUUACUAAAUUUUUCUACUGUAAGCUUUGAAUAGAAAAUGCUGUAUCACCUCAUGUUUCUCAUGCUCUUGUGUAUAUACCUAAUAUUUCUAUUUUUUGAUUUUAUUUUAAUACACCUGGCCCAAUAACA